CCAAGGAUCCCGGCAAUGCUGGAAAUGCGUUUCGCACCCGGCAGAACGCCAUUAUUCAACCGCAGGUCCCCCGUCGGACGAUCUACCACCAGCGUCGGCGAGUCUGGCGACGACGGCGAGGUGAACGCAUAAUGCGAGGCUGAAGCGUGCAGGUUGAUAUCCCGGUAUGGCAGAAUAGGAGGCGACAUGGCAGGCAACAGUCAGGUCAGUCGAUCGAUCCAGCUCACAGACAAAGUCUCCUUCAAUAUUUUAGUUAUUUUUUCAAAGGAGCGACAGGCCUCAAUACACAAUGAGGGGAUAAACAGAAAAAUAAAACGAACAAGAAUGAAACAAACAGGGUGUUGCUGGUGAAUGUUAAAGGGAUCUUCACAUAUGGACAACGUGCCCGGCACCGCCCCGCAGCCUGUGGCUGGGAGGCCCUUCCGUCAUCCCAGCAACUGCCCUCAGCAGCUCAAACCUCGCCCAAGAAACGACCGCAUCCGUCGCCUCUCAACGCCAAAGGACGAGUUCUCGACUACAGCAAUCGCCGUUAUUCUGCUCUUCUGCUGACCGUGUCUUUCUCUGGGGUUUUUCUUCACCGAGAAAUUUUUAUUCCGCAAUUUUCGAAGAGACCAUGGCUGCUCGAGCACCGGCAGGAGGCCGCCCGGGUGCCAGAUUCGCCCAGUUUAAGCUGGUGCUGCUUGGAGAGUCUGCCGUUGGAAAGAGUUCGCUGGUUCUACGAUUCGUCAAAGAUCAAUUCGAUGACUACCGGGAAUCCACGAUCGGCGCGGCGUUUCUAACCCAGACCAUUUCGCUGGAUGAG